AUGCGCCCUGCCUCGGCAACAGGCAAACCUGCUCGUCCACCAUUUUGUGCGGUUUCACGUGCCAUACCGCCUUAUACUGCCGCUGCUGCUCGCUGCACUCCUUUGGUUCCUGGUGGCUGGGAAAUGGAUCGGCCUUUCCUGCCGUAUGAACUUGACGUGACCAUCCGUGACUCUUUGCUUGGCUCAGCCCCUGGCCCCGACAACAUGUUGAAUGAAUUCCUGCACCGUCUCGGGCCCGUCGCGCGGGGCACUCUUAGAACGAUGAUCCACAACUCCUUCGCAAAUGGCAGCCUGCCUGAAGACUCCAUGAGCGGAAGUGACGACGGGGACUCUUCUUCACCGUCUCAGGUGGAUAUUUCUUGGUUGCCAUUGUCUUCCAUGGUAAAAAAGAGUGAUGGUGAGGACUCACUGGGGCCGUGA